UCAGGGCGAGUCUGAGGCUCUGUAGCUCUCUAUACAUUACAGAGCCAGGAGAUGCGCUGUAGAGAGAGAGAUAAACACAACAACAGACCUACAGACCCCGAGAAUGGAGCGAUUCUGUGACUGAAGCUUCCCCCAUUAAGAGGUCGUCUCAUGGAGUGAAGCAGGCCUGACAUUUAAAUCUCUUACUGAAAGCACGAAGGGUGUGUGACCACUGAUCUCCGUUCAGACCUGCUCUGCUGAUUUCCAGAGGUCUUUGGUUUAAUUGGAGCCACGAUGGCGGGGAGAGAGCGCAGCCCUCGCCACCGACCCUGGUCUGUGUACCGCGCCAACACAUUCGACCUGUCCUCUGAAAUGAUGGGUCUCACACUGGCAGGAAACAACCAGGACCCUGAUGAGCCAGUGCUGGAGUUCAGUUUGGCCUGCAGUGAGUUAGUGACUCCAGCUUUGGAGCGUAAGCCCAGUAGCUUUGUAGUAGUGAGCUGCACCACCCCUCCUCAAGCUUUCUGGACGAAGCAUGCUCAGACUGAAAUCAUAGAGGGUACAAGUAAUCCAAUAUUCCUCAGUAGCAUUGCCUUCUUCCAAGACUCCCUGAUCACUCAGCAGACUCAAAUCAAACUUUCUGUCUAUGAUGUCAAAGAUCGUUCACAGGGGACGAUGUAUCUUCUUGGUUCUGCCAUGUUCACAGUCAAAGAACUGCUGCAGGACAAAUAUCGCAGGCUACACCUCACACUACGAUCUGCAGAGAGCGAGAGGAUAGGUAACAUCACCAUUAUUGCCUGGCAGCUGGAGGAGAAGAAAGACCAGAGGGCCCCGCUGACUCGGACAGACACAGUUAAUGGCAGAAUGGUGUUAUCUGUCGAUGAAAGCCUGACAGAAUCCGGGGGGUUAAAAGGAAAGUCUGCGUCUCUAUGUAAAGACACUCUAUUAAAGGCAGUAUUUGGGGGAACAAUAUCGCGGAUGUACCGUUUACCCACCACUGAUGGCAACCACCUCCGUGUUCUGGAACAGAUGGCAGAGAGCGUGCUGUCACUUCACAUACCCAGACAGUAUGUAAAACUGCUGCUGGAGGAGGAUGCUGCCAGGGUGUGUGAACUUGAGGAGUUGGGAGAGUUGUCACCAUGUUGGGAGAACCUGAGAAGGCAGAUCAUCACUCAAUAUCAGACAAUCAUCCUCACCUACCAGGAAACUCUCAGUGACCUUCAUGAGUACAAGGGACCUUCUUUCAAAUCCAGUACUUUGAAAGCUGAGAGGAAGUUAGAGUUUGUGCCCACCAACCUCCACAUUCAGAGAAUGAGAGUUCAGGGGGAGUCAGGCUAUGAUCGAACCUAUGAUGUGGUCACUAUUGGAGCCCCAGCAGCCCAUCAUCAAGGUUUUAAAGGCAGUGGGCUGAGGAGACUAAUUCAGAAGUUUGAAGAGACCAAGAAACAUGCAUUUGAGGAUGAAGGUGCUGGAGAGUCACGUCCACAGUCUAUGGUGUACCAGGCCCAGGAUGUGGUGCGAGCGAAAGAGAUAAUCUCCCACAUUAACACACUGAAGACUCAGGUCAGCUACUACACAGAGCGCUUGUCCCGCGCUGCUAAAGAACGGUCGUCUAAUGCACUGGAGAGAACUCUUGCCAUCCUGACAGACAAGACGAGGCAGCUGGUGACCGUGUGCGAUAAUAAACUGCUGGCUGCAGCCAUCCAGGCGCUGAAUGCAGCACGGCCAGAGUUCAUCGCCUCUAAAGCCUCUCCAUCUGCACCAGAGACUGAGCGUGUUGUCCUUCGUAAUGACCAGGGCUCUCCACAGGCCAAGUGGAGUGGGAAAGGGAACAGAGCCUCCAUGAAUGUUGACUGGCGUGAAGAGGAGUGGGAAAAGGUGUGGUUAAAUGUGGACAAGAGUCUGGAGUGUGUGAUCCGCUGUGUGGACAGGCUGCUAACGAGAGAGAGGCUGCAGAGCGACAGCAGUGAGGACGUCUUCCUCUCUGACCCACAGCCCAACACCAGCAAGAGAGGUAGCAAUGGAAGCGCGUUCUGGAUCAACCCCGACUUCCAGUCCUCCCCACUCGCCCUCUCCACCCCUCUUUACUCAUCACAUCCUCUCUCUGAGUCAUCUUCAUCUUUACGGUCAUCCUCCUCUCCUCUGACCUCUGCAUGCGCCCCCAGUUCUCACAGAUCCUCCUACGAAAGCCCCAGUGUUGAGGGGAGUUCUCCAGGUGAAUGGAGUGAUGCUCUGUAUCCACUCUUGACUACACUGAACGAGUGUGUGGCCAUGAUGAGUGACAAGGCAAAGAAGUCGAUGGUGUUUGUGCUGAUGCAGGAUUGCGCUCCUACCAUUGGCAUGAGUCUGACGCUACAGUACCGCAGAGAUGUGGUCUUCUGCCAAACACUGACGGCUGUGAUCUGUGGGUUUGUAACAAAGCUGAGGAAUUGUCUGCGUGAGGAUGGCUUCCUCAGACAGCUCCACACUAUUGGUCUACUGGUUCAGUUUGAGGGUCUGCUCAGCACCUAUGGGGAGGAGCUGGCCAUGCUGGAGGACAUGAGCAUCGGCAUCAUGGACCUUAGGAAUGUCACUUUUAAAGUCACUCAGUCAACUUCCAGCUUUAGUCCAGACAUGCUGCCUGUUAUCACGGGGAACAGAGAUGGGUUUAACGUUCGUGUUCCGCUCCCUGCAACUAUGUUUGAUGUUCUGCCACGGGAGAUCCAAAACGGGAUGCUACUGCGCAUCCAACCAGUGCUGUUCAACAUAGGAAUCAAUGAGCAACAGACUCUCGCAGAAAAGUUUGGUGACACAUCACUGCAAGAUGUUGUAAAUAUGGAGAAUCUGGUGCGACUCAACUCCUACUAUGACCAGUUUAAGGAAGUGCUUCCUGAAGACUGUCUUCCUCGGUCCCGCAGUCAGAACUGUAUCCCAGAGCUCCUGAAAUCUCUCAGUCAGAUUUUAAACACUAGGAAGAGUAAGAAUGUGGACUUCCUCUGGCAGGCAGCAGAGGUGUGUCGUCGUCUGAAUGGUGUGCGUGUGACCAGCUGCAAAAGUGCAAAGGAUCGAACGGCCAUGUCCGUCACUCUGGAGCAGUGUCUGAUCCUGCAGCAGGAGCACUGCAUGGCCCCGCAGGUUUUCACUCAGGCCCUGGACUGCAUGCGCAGUGAGGGCUGCAGGAGAGAGAACACUAUGAAGAACGUGGGCAGCCGAAAAUAUGCCUUCAAUUCUCUCCAGCUGAAAGCCUUUCCCAAGCAGUACAGACCGCCAGAGGGCACUUAUGGAAAAGUGGAGACUUGAUAUGGACACUCAUCUAUUAUCCCAUCUCACCCUGCUCUUCACCAGGCUCGCCCCCGUCCCCUGUACUUCUCACCACUCAUGUGAAUGGAACUCUGCAGUGAGUGCUAUUGUGAAUACUCACUGUAGUCAUCCAAGGUAACGUCCAUAUUUCACAAGAUCGCGUUGUUCACUGCUCUUUUUUUUUUUUUUUUUUUGAUGCCUGCUAACUUUAGCAAAGCUGAUCAAGGUAAAGACUAAAGGAACGGUAUACAGUUGGUUGUUUUAAUUCUGUUGAAUGCUUGUAAAUCUUUUAAAAUCUUGAAUGAAAAAAAAAAACUCUCAGCACAGACUGGUUUCUUUAGUUCCUUUAAUUUGUUUUUGGCCAGUAUAGAACUAAAUUAUAACACGCCUGGAUAGAAUGUCUUUAGCUCUUUGCCUUUGCAGCAGGGUCUUCUGCAACAUUUCAGCGACAUUAAGUGUAAAUAUACCAGUACUAAAAUGUAAAAUGUUUUUUUUUUUCAUUAUUUCUCAUACUUUGAGCAGAUUUGUGCAUGUUCUUAUAUUAUUAUGGGAUGUGUUUACUUGUUUAUAGACUGUAUUUUCAAUAUCAGUUUCAACACUUAUGACAAAUAGGCACAGUCUGCUUAGCAGCAGAGUCCAUCAAUGCACCAAAUAUAUACAUGAGCAUUGUUCUAUAUAUCAUGCAUUAUCACUCGAUACUGUAGCUGCCUUAAGAGUGUCUACUGCUGUCUUCUCCCCUAACAGUUAAACAUCUAUACCAUCUUUCCUCCCUCUGUUUUUGAUGUGACAGAGUGUGUCUUCUCAAGACCUUCUCAUACACAAGGGUUUACGUACACAUACGCUUUCAAAUGAGCCCUUUAGCCUAUUAGGGACACUUAAAACAUCUUGUGCGUUUUACGGGUUGUAGAGUCUUAGGGAAAAAGGCCUUUCUCGUUCUGUUGCCAAGCAGAGGUAGUGUUUGUACAUUAAAUACAGUGAAAUAUCGUGAAAGGAAAUAAACAUACUUUUAGCAGAGUUAUUAUGUAAGAGAAUAAGGACAUGAUUCAGUUGUUGGUUGUUUAAUUAAAUGUUUGUAUAUUGUGUUAUGCAAAUCUCUUUUUGGGUUGGACUGUGAUAUCAGAGACCACUGCUUUUAAAAUGAAUCCUUGUGUGAAAAUCACAUAUUGUCUCUUGUUAUGAAUACAUUACAUUCUUAUACUAUUAUUUAUUUACUUUCGGUGUGAGCAUCAUCAUGCCACAAAAAACGAGGAGCUCUACAGGCACACAGUCCUUUCUAGUUGGACAUCACAGGCAUUUUAGUUGUGGGCAGCACACAGACACACACACGAACAGAUACACAUGGGCUGAUCAAGUCUGUGUGUGACUGUUAUUAAGUAAACUGUUUGGCAAGAUAAAAAACAUGUUUAGAGCUGUAACAUACAGGACAAGUAGAUGUGUUUUGCACCUGCCUGCAUGCAGCAAAUACUGACAAACAGCUAGAUGAUUUUUUUAUUUAUUUUUUUAUUUAUUUUUUAUAUUGUACUGUUUAGCUUUUCCACUAUAUGUAAAACAUUGUUUUGUGAAUGUUAUUCAUUUUAUUUAUUUUCUUUUUAGUUAUUUUUUCUGUUCCUGUUUAAUGAUUUAAAUCACAAAUGUGUUUCAGUAUCAUACUUAUCAACAUUGGCUUGCUGAUUAUUUUUUUGUUAUAAUUACGUCUGCAGAGCCUUAGCUGUAAGUAACGCAAAGCUGUAAAGAAUUCAUUAAGAUAUGCAGAUAUUAAAAUAAUGAACAUGACAA